CCGGGACCUCCCACCCCGGACCGAGCCGGAGGCCCCUCACACAGCCCGGUAUUAUACCUUGUCGGUUCUGGACUCCUGCUGCCCUGGUCGCUAAGGAAAGUUGACACAAGAAAAGACCCUCAUUCAGGGGAUACGUAGCCUGUCUAAUUUAAAAACUGAAACACAAAUUAACUGAUUCCAGUGAAUGCAACGUCCUGAAACACAAAUAUCGCAACAAUGGGGCGCAAGUUCCUGGGAGGAUGACACUGUGAUGCCUUCUGAUUCAGAAAGGUCGCAGCUUCCCCCACCCCCACCUCCCCCUCCUCCCCCUCCCCCUCCGUUUUCCACCCCACCAUCAUUGCCUGCAAAAAAGUUGUACCAAGUUCUUGCCGAAGGCCAAUUGCAGCCAAGAAGUGACCGAGAAGAACUGAAGAUGCUGUUCCAGAACCGAUCCAACAGUUUUAGUAAAGAGUUGAACUGGCUGCUCAUUAACACACCUGUACCCUCGUUGAUCCAGGAUGGUCCACAGUGUGGCCUGGUUGCUCUCUGGAUGGCCGGACAUUUGCUGAAUGCGUCAGAGCCAGUGAGUCUGCAGAAGAUUGUGAGCUGUGCCGUAGAGAGGAAGUACACAGCUCAGGGGGAGAUGUUCUCAGGUGAUAAUAUGGUAAAGCUGGCAAAAGAAGUUUUUGCAUGUCACGGUGAACUGCUCUCUGAUGGUUUAAUGGGCAGUAACAAAUCCAGAAUAAUGUGUCAUCUGAAGGCGGGUUAUCCUGUGUUAAUACCCUAUGAUGAAGAUUUCAACCACGAGCCCUGCCUAAGGAAAGGACACAGAGCACACUGGGCAGUGGUGUCAGGAGCACUGCUGGGACUGAGGUGCGAACUGCUGAACGACAUCUACGAGAAGGAUCCUGAUAUCCCUGGCCUCUUUUACCUGAACAGAGGUGCGACUGGACCCACAUACGCUGAAGGCUGUGUCGUUGAGUCUUACCUGCUGGCCAAGCAAGGGAAGAGUUUGAAGUACCAGCUGUGGGAGUACAAGCUGGUGCAUAGGAGCAACAUGCAGCUGAUAGAGUUUAGUCCAAAGCGAGACAAUGAUGGAACAUCCUACGUCAUACCCGAAGGUGGUGUGAAGCUAGGAUUGUGUGGGGUUGUGAUUCUUCUCCAACCAUUGUUUACAGCAACAAAGUUAACUGCUUCCAUUACUAAUAACUGAAAAAUAACUUCUAUAAAAUCUUCAGUAUCUCAGGUCUACCCAGCUUUCAAAGCACUCUAGGUGUAGUCACUGUUUUAAUGUAUGAAACUAGCAAGCUCCCACUCUCAGCACCAAGCUGAUUUGUUUGUGGUGAUGAUGAUUGGACUAGGACAAGGGGGAAGAAUCCCAUGACUCUUCAAAACAGUGCUGCAGAGUCCUCUGUUUAUUUGAAAGGGCAGAUUCUCUUCAACGUUUCAUUCAAAGUUCAAUUCCUCCGAUGUACAGCACUCCCAUAAUGCUGCACUGAAAUCAGAAUUAUGCUGAGAAACCUCUAUCUACUUCAAUGUUUGCAGGUUAUGUGGAGGAAAGGGUUGUGGUUGGAGACUGUGCAAAUUGUUAGUGUUAAACUGCUCCUGAUAUAAUGUGGACUGUAAUGCACAUCACUGACAUGAACACUGUACAUGCGUCCUGGAUCUCCCUCAGAGUCCCUGCCCCAGUAAAACAUUGGCAGUUUU